AUGGCCACCCACUAUCACCAGACCACCGUACUAAUCCCGUACGACGACGGCGGCGGCGGCAGCUCCUCCGGCAAUCCCCCACCGCCGCCGAAGACGAAGCCGCCGUCGGUGCGCCGCUCCAGGAAGGGAUGCAUGCGCGGCAAAGGCGGGCCGGAGAACGCCCUCUGCACCUACCGCGGCGUCCGGCAGCGGACGUGGGGCCGGUGGGUCGCCGAGAUCCGCGAGCCCAACCGCGGCGCCAGGGUCUGGCUCGGCACCUUCAGCACCUCCCUCGAGGCGGCGCAGGCCUACGACGACGCCGCCCGCCGCCUGUACGGCCCCUUCGCGAAGCUCAAUCUCGUAACCCCUGACUCCGCCGGCGGCGGCGGAGGCGGAGAAGGAAGAUGUGAAGUACUCCCGCCGGAGGCCGGCGGUUUUCCAGUAGUAGUACCGGACGAGGCGGAGCAUCAUCAGUUGUUUAAUGAGAAGAAUGAGGUGUCGUCGUCCGUUCUGGAAGAAGCUAACAGCAUAUGGGAUAUUCCGGCGGCGCCGACGCUGCUGGAAGAGACGAAACAGGAUCUUCUGAACUGGCCGGAAUAUUCUCUGGAAGAUUCCAUUCAAUAUGAUUACACGAGUAACUGGAAUGAUUAUGAUCAGGUCCAGUGGACCUUCUAG